CCAGCCACUUUCGGACAAGUGGAAGUGAGAAAUACCAGCAGUGAAUCCCAAAAUGUCCAAGAAGAGAAAAGUUGAUGCAGAAGGAAGGCAAUUUAACGAAAGAGCUGCUCCAGCCCCCUGCAGCUGGCCCUCACUGUGGGACCCAGGUUUGGCAAAGCACUUCCACAGAUCAGGCGUCGCCUCCUGCAGGAGCGGCAGGGUGCCGGACUUCAGUGAAAAAUCUCCUCCCGCUUCCACCUUCCUCUUCCUGGUCUGAACUACUUCCUGAGUGGGUGGAGCUCCUGAGUCUGUACAGGAAGCCAGGUCACCUCUGGCAAAAUGCCUUAAGAAGAUGCAUGUGGAUGUCCUCUUGAAUGAACUCAGCUUCAUGAAGAGUGUCUGACGGCCCACGUACCAUCCCGUCCAGGACUUUGCCAAAAACCACAUGUUUCCCAUCCAGCCAUGGUGCUUUGGCGGCCAGGAUGAAGAACUGGGAUCCGUUGGUGUCUGGACCAGCAUUUGCCAUACUCACCUGCAGUCGUCGGGCAGCCAUGCUGAAGCCGGGCGACCCGAGCGGCUCGGCCUUCCUGAAGGUGGACCCUUCUUACCUGCAGCACUGGCAGCAGCUCUUCCCUCAGGCGCAGCUGAAGACUCCUCUGGCCCCGCCGCCGCCUCCACCUGAGCGCCUCUCCAUUCCUGUGGACAGUCUGCGCCCGCCCCGGCUGGAUGCGGCAGCAGCUCUCACGCCGUCCUCCUCCAUCUCCAUCUCCACCUCCGCAGGUCUUUCCCAGCUGCCCGUCCCCCAGCAGAUUGCACUCUUUGGGCAGGCGUUGGCCCCGGUGUGUGCCGGGCCUGGAGGACCUGGGGGAGGAGGAGGACCAGGAGGAGAUCUGGUGGUCGUUGUCCCCCCGGAGAACCAGCAGGGUCACAACCCAGCAGUGGUGCUCCUCCAUCAGGCCAAAGAGCAGAGCUGUGGAGGGGUAGGUCUGGUGUCGUCCAGCGUGAAGAGCAGCACUGGGAGCAGCAGCAGCGGAGGAGGCAGCGAGGAGGGUGGAAAAGGAGCCACGACGCGGUUCAAGCUGACGUCGGAGGAGCUGGACUACUACCUGUACGGACAGCAGAGGAUGGAAAUCAUCCCACUGAGCAACCACACAGGAGAGCUCAACAACCGUUGCGACAUGUGUGCAGACAACAGGAAUGGUGAGUGCCCGAUGCACGGCCCUCUGCACUCCCUGCGGCGGCUCGUUGCGGCGCCCGUCACCCUGCCGGACGUCCCCGAUUGGCUCAGAGACCUGCCCAGAGAGGUGUGCCUGUGCACCAGUACAGUUCCUGGUCUGGGCUACGGGAUCUGUGCGGCUCAGAGGAUCCCUCAGGGAACCUGGAUCGGCCCGUUUCAGGGAGUUCCUCUGCUGCUGGACAAACUUCAGUCUGGAGCCGUUAGGAACACGCGACACCUGUGGGAGAUCUACGAUACAGAGGGGACGUUACAGCACUUUAUCGACGGCAAUGAUCCCAGUAAAUCCAGCUGGAUGAGGUAUAUCCGCUGUGCCAGACACUGUGGGGAGCAGAACAUGAUGGUCGUACAGUACAGGUCCUGUAUAUUCUACAGAGCAUGUAUGGAUAUCCCCAGAGGGACAGAGCUGCUGGUUUGGUACAACGACUCCUACACUUCCUUCUUCGGCAUCCCGCUGCAGUGCAUCGCUCAGGAUGAAAACUUAAACGUCCCAGCCACAGUGGUGGAGGCCAUGACCAGGCAGGAGUCCCUGCAGUCCUUCAGCAAAAACGGAAAACCCUCCUCCUCCUCAUCUUCGUCCUCCUCUACCCCGUCCGCCACCCUCAUGCGAUCCAUGGUCUUCCCCCACUCCCCUUGCUCAAGGAGUUUCUCCCUGCUGGACAAGGUCGGGGUUCAGUCGGACUCUGGUUUUGGCCAGUUGGGACCAAAGAACCAGCGAGUCCUGGCGAGCCCGACCUCCACCAGCCAGCUGAGCAGCGAGUUCAGUGACUGGCACCUGUGGAAGUGCGGCCAGUGCUUCAAGACCUUCACCCAGAGGAUCCUGCUCCAGAUGCACGUUUGUCCGCAGAAUCCUGACAGACCGUACCAGUGUGGCCACUGCGCCCAGUCCUUCUCUCAGCCAUCAGAAUUGAGGAACCAUGUGGUGACGCACUCCAGCGACCGACCCUUCAAGUGUGGAUACUGUGGCCGGGCAUUUGCUGGCGCCACCACGCUCAACAACCACAUCCGCACACACACCGGAGAGAAGCCGUUCAAGUGUGAGCGUUGCGACCGCAGCUUCACACAGGCCACUCAGCUCAGCCGCCAUCAGCGACUUCCCAACGAGUGUAAACCAGUGAACGAGAGCAGCGAGUCCAUCGAGGUGGAUUAACCCCGACUGUGUGCCGACUGAGACCACAUCCACAUUAAGGCAGCUAAAUUUGAAAAUGCAUCUUUUUCUCUCCGUCCACACUAGGCUGACAGUUUUCUCACAAAAAGCAAAGAGAAACCAGCUUCGUGUUUUACUUUAGUGGUGCAUCAGUGCUACUGAAACGUCCAUGUGUUCAGUCCACGCUGCCCAGACCGCUGGUUUUCUGUCACUGUCCUCAGAGACAACUCUUGUUUUUGUUAUUACUUUAUUUCCCCACCUUUAAUAUUCUUGUAGUGACACUACAAUGAAACUAGGGCCUGUGUCAGUACAGAUUCACAGCACUGUGCAGGAGUUUUAGGCACUUAAAAUAAGGUUAGGAUGUUUUCAAAAGUAAUGCCAGGAAUAGUUUUAUUUAUUAAGUGCAAGAAAGAGAAAAACUAAGCCAGACCACUAUUUGAAUCCCCUUCAUCUUUAAAGCAGCCCCAGUUCACAUCACCUCCUGUGGACAGUUCUUCCAGGUACCUGGCGAGUCGGUCGUUCCAACAGUGUCACAGUUCUUCUGUGGAUUCAGGCUGUCUCAGUGUCUCCUGUCUCUUCUUGGUCCCAGACUGACUCCAUAAUGUGGAGAUCAGGGCUCUGUGGGGGCCAGACCAUCACCUGCAGGACUCCUGGUUCUUCUGGUUUUUGAACAUAGUGCUUUAUGACUCCGGUGGAGGUGUGAGCUGCGGGAUGAUCUGAUCAGAUGGUCCAGAUGAUGGAGAAGGACCUAAACAUCUAAAGUGUCUAAAUCUUUUGCACAGUGCUGUAGUCGCUGCAGAACUCACAACGUGAGGACAGCAGGUGAUUUGUGUGGCUGUAACCUGAGUCUGUGAUUAUUAGACUCACUAGGGGCAGUGACUGGUUCACAUGAAAGCUGCUUCAGGAAUCACUUUGUGCUCUGCUGUAGUGUGGAAGACAAACGUAGAGCUUUUAGAACUCCAACACUAGUUUGUGACGUUACAGUCAAUUAUUUGUAGUGAGAAACUUCAGCAGACCUGUCACAGGUUACAGAUGUUAUCAUUAAACUGUCUUUAUAUUGAUUAAGUCAGAUCAGGAAACACUGAUUUCAUCGUCCCAGUAGCAAAUCAACAGGUAGCAUUAAUGAGCCAGAACUCAGUGACCAGCAGAAACAAAACACGUCAAUGAGCACAACUAAAUCAUAAGGUGGUCAUUGUUAAAGUCGUGACAGGUGCUGCUGGAGAAAACAGCAGACAGACAUGACGUCCUGGUGUUUCAGUGUGGACGGAGAUCUUUAGAAACACUACCUGAACUUUGACUCUGUUCGUUGAGAGCAUUUGCAGAUUUAGCCGUCUCAGUGUGAGCGGAGUCUGACAGUUCUGACCAACCUGACUGACGACGCCUGGAGACCAGCGACAGUAAAGCCACGUUCAUCCUGCUGGAGAGAAUCCUGAGUCAACCAAACCGAAGAUCCAUUUUUCAUCAGACAAGCAGAACUUUGAGGAGUUGGACUGACAAACUGGGGACGAGGAUAUUUAUCGGAGGCUGUCGUGGACCCGUCAGGUUUCCCUCCAAAGAAAACUCUUUAAUCUGAAACCAGGACAAAAACAGUAAAUACCAAAAAAGUCAGACUGAUUGUCUGUGUGUAGCUUUACUUCUCGGUUUCUUCGUUCUUUUUGCAGCAGCGAUGCCAAAGGAGGGCGCAACCAAAGCAAGCAGACUGAGAAAGACAAGGAAAGGACUAAAGAGACAAAUUAUAUUUAUCUUCUUGCUCAUAUCAUGCUUCAGGCACUGUUGUGUUAAAAUGAUAAUUUAAUUUUUGCAGCUCUGAAGUUUGGAAAGGAGGGAGAUGGUGGUUUCUUAUAGAAAUAAUCCCACAGUUCAUAGGGAAAUGUGAUAAAUAGGAGUAGACACAGCACGUGUUUACACUUUGUCCAAGUCGGUUCACAUUUAAAACAUUUUCAGGGUAAACAUUUCCAACAUCCUGCUCCACCUGUUCAGGCUUCAUACUUUUAAAGAUGACAUCUGAUCAUCUGAAGCACAAACAUCAUAACAGUCCAAACAGGGCUCGGCUGUGGAUCUCGUCUCCCAGAGUAGAUCCAUUCACGACGGUCCCAGAUGUGUAAAUAGUCCUGUCAGUACAGUACGCUUUGUAUUCAGAUGAGUGAGGGUAAAAGCACAGUUAUUAUGUGAACACCAAAUAGGAUUUUGUGCCUGAGUUAAAAGAGCUUUAAUAAUAAUAACAAGAAUCUGAAAACUGUAACUUCUGCUCCCAAAGACCAACAGUGUUGAACCCGGUGGGUGUAAAUCUACAAAUCAAAACUCAGACGUUUCACUGCAGCGAAACGGUUUCACUUUUGUCGCGCAGCCGUCUGUAAGAGUCUACAAACUGUUGACCAGCGGUUGAUGUAGUCAUUUAUUUGUUUUUUGUCCAAAUUACCUCUAAUGUAUUGAGCAGUUCUAGUGUCUGCUGCCAUGCUGUUGGAUCAAAUUGUGUUGUUCCAACCUUUUCAUAAGUUAAACCUAUAAAAGCUUCUAAUUUGGAGCAACAAGCUCUCAUCAGUUUCUCUGUAUUACGUUGUAACGUACAUGAAGCAACAAUACACUUUUCAAGACGUGUUUCCUGUUUGAAAGUGCAGUGCUAGAAUGUCUGAUUCUGUUUCCCCCAGCUCGUCGGAGUGGACUUGGGUUUUGAAAUGAACCUCUUGAAGCUAUUUAUCGAUUCUGUGACCUGGCGAUAAAACCAGGGGCCAGAUGCAUAAACGAUGCGUACACACAAAAACCAUGCGUACGUCUUUUCCUACACACAAACUCCCGUGUAUAAGCACAGAUUGUGUGGGAAGAGUGUGUGUACCUCACGCACACUUCAGACCAGUAGGUGUGAUAUGAAAAAUGAGGCGAGACGGCUUAUUUUAAACACCAUGCAUUAUGUGUAGCUGUUUAUAUAUGUUUCAGUUCAUAAAGUUUUAAACACUGCGUUUAUGUUGGCCUGAUAAAUGUUUCUUUUGAUGUCACAUUCCCUCUUUUACAUUUUAGACCAACUCUAAGUUAUAUAAAGUGUUCACUUAGGUCUGUACCCGACAGGGUUUUGUCAGUCGGCUCUUCGGUGCGACUCUUCGUUUUUUUCCAUACAUAUGUUUGACAAACAUACACAGCCUAGACCUUCAGUAACUCAAGUGGCAUUAAUUUCAUUAACAUCAGUAUUUAAAUGCCAGAGGGACAGGAGCAUAUUUCUGAGCAUCUAAAAAUCUAUAGAAGACAGCUGCAUAUGACGCAAUAGGUAAAGUGACGAUGAAUAACGUUGGGCUGCCAUAUGGAUUUGUCAGAAUAACGAGACAGGCAGUUAGCUUCCUAGUCCCAUUCAGAUGGAUGCAUGUUGAAGAAACAUCGGUAAACAGCUGUGUGUUGCACUUUAACAGAGAUGGGUAAACAAACCAGACUCACUAACAUCAGGCAAAACCAGCCACUUGGUGACGACAGUCUUUUCUCUCGUAAACGUGGACCACGAUGUUUGAAAACAUCUCACCUUUAUGUGGCUCAUCCUGGUGGGUUUGUUGUCCUUUUCUCCUCACUCUGGGAUUUGCUAAACGGAUCUGACCUUAAUGUAGAUCCAUGUAUCGGACAGUGUCACUGUUGAAGUGGGUAUCCCCCAACCACAAGGGGCAGUACUGAGCAAACUGCUGCUCGGCACAGCAAAAUGAGGAGAAG